UGACUCCGCGUCCCUAUCCUCCCUGCCUGCCAAGAAUCCCGCUAGCUCCCUACCACCUCCUCCACACCCUCUCGACUCGAGCCUCCAUCUCUAUUCUCUCCCCGUUGCUCCCGAGUCCUGAGCCGCCGAGCGUGGAGGGAAGGCACGAAGGCAGAGGUGCGGGCGACAGACUAAUGGGGACGGGGAUGGCGCGGGCGCUGCCCCUGGCGCUCGCCUUGCUCCUCGCCUGCUCCGACGUCGCUGUCGUCGCGGCGCAGGGCACCGAGCGGAUCCAAGGAAGUGCUGGUGAUGUGCUAGAAGAUGAUCCUGUUGGAAGGCUCAAGGUAUAUGUCUAUGAGUUGCCGCCCAAGUACAACAAGAAUAUUUUGGCAAAAGAUUCAAGAUGCCUCAAGCACAUGUUUGCUACAGAGAUUUUCAUACAUCGCUUCCUACUAUCGAGUGCAGUCCGGACAUUAAAUCCGGAAGAAGCUGAUUGGUUCUAUACUCCAGUAUACACAACAUGCGACCUUACACCAUGGGGCCACCCCUUGACCACCAAGUCUCCACGUAUGAUGAGAAGUGCGAUUCAGUACAUUUCCAAGCGUUGGCCCUACUGGAACAGGACGGAGGGAGCGGAUCAUUUCUUUGUCACACCACAUGACUUUGGAGCAUGCUUCUAUUUCCAGGAAGCAAAGGCUAUCGAGCGAGGUGUCCUUCCGGUGCUGCGCCGUGCUACGCUGGUCCAGACUUUCGGCCAGAAGCAUCAUGUAUGCCUCAAGGAAGGCUCCAUCACCAUCCCACCAUAUACUCCUCCUCAUAAGAUGAGAACUCACUUCGUUCCACCAGAGACCCCUCGGUCAAUCUUUGUCUAUUUUCGUGGUUUGUUCUAUGAUACUUCGAAUGAUCCUGAGGGUGGUUACUAUGCAAGGGGCGCCCGUGCAUCGGUGUGGGAGAACUUCAAGAACAACCCGAUGUUCGACAUCUCGACAGACCAUCCACCAACCUACUAUGAGGACAUGCAGCGUUCCGUCUUCUGCUUGUGCCCAUUGGGCUGGGCCCCAUGGAGCCCCCGUUUGGUGGAGGCUGUGGUGUUUGGCUGCAUCCCCGUGAUCAUCGCCGACGACAUCGUUCUUCCCUUUGCGGACGCGAUCCCAUGGGAGGAGAUCGGUGUCUUUGUGGCCGAGGACGACGUCACAAAACUGGACACCAUCCUGACCUCCAUACCGAUGGAGGAAAUCCUUCGGAAACAGAGGUUGCUCGCAAACCCGUCCAUGAAGCAGGCCAUGCUCUUCCCACAGCCCGCUGAACCCAGGGACGCCUUCCACCAGAUCCUGAAUGGGCUCGCACGGAAGCUGCCGCACGGUAAGGGUGUGUUCCUGAAGCCUGGGCAGAAGGUGCUGAACUGGACCGAGGGAGACCCGGCUGAUCUGAAGCCGUGGUAGGUAUAGACAUAUAGUGGCAUGGCACCAUCACCAUUCGCCAUGGCUGGUAUUCAUGUGUAAACGACACAACCAUACGAGAGGCUGAUCAUACAGUUGACGAUGAUGCUGAUGAGUGAACCACACCAUUAAAUGUAAAGCUCCUUCCCUUCCUCCUCCUACCUGCUUUUUGAGGCAAUGUGCCUGUCUUGCCUGUAUGGCCAUACCUGUUUUGACCUUUUGGUGUAGUGUUAGCAUUUUAUAGAUGAUAGAUGGUGGAUCAUGUACUGUCUGACCGUUGUAUUAUAUUAUACAGUUGCCGGUUUACAAUGGGGGAAAGUAAGGCUAACUCCAA